AUGCCAAAGAAAGACAAGAAAAAAUUAGACGAUUUAUCUGAUAGUAGUAACAAUGACGACCAAUAUGAAAGCAGCUUAGAUAUCGUCGAAAAUGAAGAUAGCAAUACAAAUAAUUUGAUUGUAAACUCCGUAAAAGUUGUUGAUGACGAAUUUAACAAUUUUAUAAAUAACGAGUACUCGGAUAACUCAGAUUUAUCGUCUUUAGACUUCUCAAAUACCAAUACAAGUAAUUUAAAAAAUGGGAAGGAAAAAAAGUAUUCCAUUUUAAAAGGUAUAAAAAGUGAGGAAAAAAGUGGUAUAGAGGUAAAUAAAAAAAAAAAAAAUAAUAAUAAUAACAAAUCAUCUAAAGGAACUACCUUAGUUGAUAAUAGGAGUAAAAAAAAUUUAGCCCAACAUGAUCUUGAGGAAAAUCAUUUAAACAUAGAUAUUCACAUGGAAAAUGAAGAGGAAAACACUUUUGAAAAAGAAAAAAACCUUUAUGAGCGCAGUCCCUUCUGGCAAGAGGAGAUAGGGGCAAACUGCACUGAUGAGCUUAGCGAACAGUGUAAAGAGAGUGGCCGCAAUAUGGAUAAGCACAACAAGGAUGAACGAAAUGAGGAAGUUCGAAGCGAGAGUGAAAACAACAAUAUCAGCCACUCUAACAAUGAGGGGGGGAAGCCCGACGAGGACGCGAAUGCAAAUCAGGUGUGCCUGAGGAAGAGCAGAGAGAGCUGCUCUACUAUGAAUUUUUCCAAUAACUUUAUUUCAAAAAAUAGACAAUAUGAGCAAACGAAUAAUACCAAAAUGAACGAUUUGUCUAUUUCGAACGAUUACCUAAAUAGUAGUAUAAUAUCUAGUACGUUAUAUAAAGAAAAUGAAUUAUGUUUUAUAAAAUAUUUAAUUGUGUGCAAUUUUAAGAGCUAUGAAAAUGAGAAUAUUAUAGGACCCUUUUCAAAAUUUACAGCCAUAAUAGGACCUAAUGGAUCAGGUAAAUCUAAUAUUAUGGAUUGUAUAUGUUUUGUUUUAGGAAUAAAUAAUAAAUAUUUACGAGUAAAAAAUAUGAAAAGUUUAAUAUAUCAUAAGGAAAAUGAAAAAAUGGAAAAUUUUAAUAAAAGAAAAUGUUAUGUUAAACUUAUACUACAAUGUAAUAAAGAAAAUGUGGAAAUAAAAAGAACUUUAAAUUAUAGGGGGGCAAGCCACUUUUUUAUUAAUGAUAAAUUAGUAGAUCAUAAUGAAUAUAUGAGUUUUUUAAGAAAAAAUCGAAUUGAAACUAAGACAAAAACUUGUUUAAUAUUUCAAGGAGAUAUAGAAGAAAUUAUUAACAAGAAACCUACCGAGUUGUCCAAAUUGUUUGAAUAUAUUAGUGGAUCAAAUGAGUAUGAACAGAUAUAUGAAGAUAUUAAGGAAAAAUUAAAGGAGAAACAAAUAGCUUGUAAGAAUUAUUUAAAUGAGAAAAAAAAAAUUGAGCAAGAAAUAAAAAUUCAUAAAACGCAAAUAGAUGAAAAUGUGGAACAUAAUCAACUUAAAGAAGAUUAUGAAAAUGAUAUAAGAAUGUUAUACUUGUUUCGAUUAUAUCAUUAUCAUAAAAAAAAGGAAAAUUAUAAGGAAGAUUUAUUAACCUUUAAAGAAGAAAAAAUUGAAUUUGAACAGGUCAUUUUAAGUAAAAAUAAAAAAAUAGCCAACGAAUUAGAAAAAAGCAAAUUACUUAUAAAAAAAGAAUUUCAAAAAAUUGAGGAUCAAAUAAGAAACCACAAAAUUGAGUUAAAUGAAAUUAAAAUUAUAUUAAACGAAAUUAAUGAAAAAAAAAAAUUUACAGAAAAUGCGCUGAAUAAAAUACUAGCAAAUGAAAAAAUUAAACAAAACAUACAAUUACACUGCUCGAAAUUUAUUGACAAUUUAAAUGAACAGCUAAAAGAACAGUACAAAAAAUUGGACACGGAGUAUAGAAAUAAACUAAAAGUUAAUCUUAAAUUUUUCAACAAGUAUGACCAAGUGAAAAAGUUUGUGAAGGACAAGCACACACAGGUGUACCACCUGUUGAUGAAGGGGGGCAACUGCUGCUACGGCGGAGACCCAUACAAAUAUGACUACUACGACUACUACUACUACGACUACUACUACUACUACACCAUUUCUGCUAUUGCUACUUCCAGCAGCGCGAACCCUGAUGACCACAACAGCGGAAGUACCGAGGAAAUGCUGAACAUGUGCAACGUAUUCUCAUUAAUAGAAAGCCUGGAGGAGUACAAGAAAUGCAAAGAGAGGUAUCUGUACCUGUGCGCUAACAGCAACAUUAACAUAAAUAAUUAUUGCAAUUUGGCUAGCACAUUAAAAAAGGAUGUAAAAGAAUUACAAGAAGAAUGUGACAACUAUAGCAGAAAGAAGCAAAAGGAGUUAUUAGAUUACGAAUCUGAAAAGGUGUCGUUAGACGAACUGAGGGAUAGAACAAACAAAUUAAAUUAUUUAAUUGAGGAAAAUAAAAAAAAUAUAGAUAAUGGUAAGAAAAAAUUGAAGGAAUGGAAUACAAUCAUUAGUAGUAAGGAAAAGCAACUAGAACAAUUAGAUGAAGAAGUAAAUGUAUUAAAUAUACAUAAAAAUGAAUUGCUAUUUUUUGAAAAAAAAAAAGAAGUAAUUAAAAAUUUAAAGACAAUUUUUGGGGACGAUGAAAUAUACGAUGAAGUAUGUAAUUUGUAUGAAAUUAAUAAUCAGAUGUAUUAUAUUGCUGUUAAUAAUAUUAUUCAUAAAUAUAAUAAUUAUCUAGUUGUUAAAAAUAUACAAAGUUGUAUCAAAUGUAUUCAAUAUUUAAAAGAUAAUAAAUUACACAAAAUUGAUUUUAUUCCUUUUGAAAAUUUUGUAACCAAUUUGCAAAAAAAAAAAAAAAAAAAAAAAGAAAAAAAAUAUAUGAACAAUUUGCAUAUUAUUAAUAGUUCUAUUCAUUAUGAACAGGAUAAUAAUGACCAUGUUGAGGAAGAAGACAAUAGAGAUGAUUCUUCGUACGAUAUUAUUGAAAAGGUUAUGAACGAUUUUAAAAAAAAAAAGAAUAUUGUAUUGGCAAAUAAUUGUUUAGUGUGCGAUGCAAAUUAUAAAAUAUUGUUCGAUUAUCUCAUUGGAGAAAAUACACUCAUAGUGGAAAGGAUAAAAGAUGCAGAAGAAAUUAAGAGCAAAUUUCCAUAUUUAAAUGUAAAUAUAGUGACACUGAAUGGUCAUAUUAUUUCUAAAAACAAUAAUCUUAUUAUUGAUAUAUCGUCCAAAUAUGCUGAUAAGGAAAAAUAUAGCAACAGACGACUCAACAUAAAUAUAUACAACAAGCUAAUAAAUGAAAAAGAGGAAUGUAGAAAUAGUAUCAAUGAGUGUAACAAGAAAAUCAUUGAAACGAAUGAAUUAAUCAGCAAACAGAAUAGUGAGAUCGAUUUGAAUAAAAAAAAGCUAGCUAGCAUUCUAAUUAAAAGAGAUAUAUUUGAAAAGGAGAUAGAGGCAAAAACUGCUAUUAUUGAUACAUAUGAAGAUAAAAUUAAUAAGUUAAAAAAUGUCGAUAUAAAAAAAAAGCUGGAUAGUUUACACAAUUAUGAAAAGGAAUUGUUAAAAGAAAGAAAUAGCUUGUGCUCAUAUCAGAAGGAAUCCUUUCAAAAUUUGAACAUCAAAUUUUCCGUGGAUAAUAUCUACGAAAUUGUGGAAUAUAAUAUGGAGGAAAUAGAAAAAAUUGAUGAACACAUAGACAGAAUAAAUAAUAACAUAAAGAAGCUGAAUGACGAUAUUAAUGAGUUGUUGGACAAACGAAAUGAAGUUAAUUUGGUUCACGGGAGUGAAAGAGAUGAAGAUACUGGAAAAAAUGGGCAAAGCGAAAAAGGCGGAAAAAAUGGACAAAAUGGAAGAAGCGAAAAAUAUGCCUUUGAGCAGGAGGUUAAAAAGGAGUUGGAGGCGCUAAAGCAAGAGGAAAAUAAAUCCGUAAGCAAAAUAAAAGAAAUAAACAGUAUUAUAAACGAGCUAGAAAAUAAAAAGAUAACAUUUCUUAAAAAUUUAAAUACCAUUAAUCAAGAGCUAAAUGACUUAAGAGAAAGCAUAAAUAAUAAUUUUGAAAAAUAUGAAACUAUUGAAAGUAAUAUUGAAAAUUCGAAAAAGAAAAUUGAAAUAUACACACAAUUUAUAAGAGAUUUAAUAAAUGAAUGCGAUAUGAAUAGUAUAAAUAUAUUUCUAACAAGUAAUGUACUAAAGGAUAUGGAGGAGGAGCCGAACCAUCGGAAUGCUUACAAUACCGUGAAGAAGGGGAAAAAAAAUCCCUAUAAAAAUAAUAAAGGUAAAACAAGUAAAACUACGAGUAAGAUGAAUAGACAGAGAAAGAGCAAACUGUUGAUGGAUAGCGAAGGUGAUGAAGAAACAAAUACAUCCAUAUCGUCAAACGGUGAGACUAGAUCCUCUUUGGACGAUGAUAAUGAUGAUGAUAACGAGCAAAAUAAUGAGGAAGACACAGAGGAGGAUAUGAUAUUAUCAAACAUAUCAUUCGAUGUAUUAUCAGACGAAUUAAAGCAUCUAGAUAAUGAUAAAGAUAUACAUAAUGAAACGGAAAAAAUGGAAAAAGAAAUAGAAAGGAAAAAGAAAUUUCUAAAGUUAAGAAAUGUUAAUAGUAAUGCUGAAAAAGAGUAUGAAAAAUUAACAGCCAAAUUAAAAGCUGUUGAUACAUGUCUAUCUGAAGAAAGAAAAGAGUGUAAUUUAUUUGAACGGAAUUUUCGCAUAUUACAAAAAAAAAGAUCAUAUAAAUUUCUACACUGUUUUAAUUAUAUUAAAAAUAUUAUUGAUAAUGUAUACAACAAUCUAACAUAUAAUAUAAAACAUCAUGUAGGUGGUCAGGCUUUCCUAGAUUUGUGUAAUUAUAAUGAAUUUAAUAAAGAUGAUGAACCAUUUUAUUGUGGAAUAAAAUAUAAUAAUAUGCCACCAAUGAAAAGAUAUUUUGAAAUAUCUGAAUUAAGCGGAGGAGAAAAAAGUAUUAGUGCCUUAGCAUUAAUUUUUUCCAUCCAGAAAUAUAUUAACAAUUCUUUUAUCAUACUUGAUGAAGUUGAUGCAAAUAUGGAUCCAAUUAAAAUAAAUUCCUUAACAAGAUACUUAAACUCGAUUAACAGUCAGGUUAUUGUAAUUUCGCUAAAGGAAAAAUUUUUUAGCAAAAGUCAAACGUUGAUAGGUGUAUAUAAAAACAAGCAUAAAAAAAGCUCUAAGACUGUUACCCUUGAUAUAAGCAAAUACCGAACGGAAGUCACCAAUGGUUAG